GCUCAGAGAGAGAAGACAGUUCAAUCGUAGGCUCCUCAGUACAAGAUAUCUUCACUACUUUCGGCGCAAAAUGAAACGAUUUGUUUUAAUUUACAUUUGGCUUGCUGGAGAUUUUCAAGUAGUCCUUAGUGUUGGUUUGAAGGACACACCGUUUCUCGGAUCGAAAGAUUCUCCCAGAGUUCUGAGCAAAGAUAUAACAAGUGGUAGAUUUGAUUACCAAAUCUAUCAGAAGCACACUGUGUUCCUCUAUAAUGAAGACUCUGCGGAGAUGUAUGUUGGAGGGACUGAUUUUGUGUUACAACUUGAUGUGAAUGAUUUUCAUAUCAUAGAGAAAUUUCCUCUGAAAACACCGGGGCAACAACAGUGCCAAGAGGACUCUUGUGAAAAUGUCAUCACAGUAAUUGAGAAGUUCCAGGACAGCUUAUUUGUCUGUGGAACGAAUGGACAAAAUCCACAGUGCUGGAAGCUUUUUUCUUCAGUGAACAAUCAGUCUAAUGAAAUAAUGGAGAGUUAUGAGGGGAAGGGCAUCACUCCUUAUCUGUACACACAUAACUCCAUAUCUCUCACAGUAGAGGGGGAUCUAUACACAGCAGCACCUUUGGAUACUGAUGGAAGUUCAUUGCAAUUCAGAAGGAAAGCUGGUAGCAGAACUAAUGUGUGGAUGUAUGACAACUGGGUCUCAGAGCCCACAUUCAUCUAUGCGUCCUGGGUGGAGCAGAAAGAAGACCCUGACAACGAGAAAAUUUACAUAUUUUUCCGUGAAAAGAACUCAGAUCACAACCCAGAGGCUGAUCCCUGGAUAUCUAGGGUCGCCAGAGUUUGUAAGGUAGAUGAAGGCGGAUCAAAAAGAUUCUUCCAGAACAUGUGGACAUCUUUCCUCAAGGCCCGGCUUGUCUGUGGGUUUCCAGAAGAGUCACUCUAUUUCAACCGUCUCCAAGACAUUUAUGUGAUGCCCGCUGAGGACUGGCACAACACUACAAUCUAUGCCCUUUUCACAAGCAGCUGGAACUCCACAGCAGUGUGCAUCUAUUCCGUACGAAUGAUUGAAGAAAUAUUUGAGACAUCAGCUUUCAAGGGCUACGACAAAGACAUUCCCAAUCCAAGGCCAGGAACAUGUGUAAAAAACAGCAAGAGCCUGCCACUGGCCACUGUCAACAUGGUGAAGGAUUACCCAGAAAUGACUGAGUGGGUUCACUCUGUGCAUUAUACCGCUCCAUUUUAUAUAAGCAGCAACAACUAUACUAAGAUAGUUGUGGACCAAGUCCAGGCGGCAGACCAGAGCAUGUAUAACGUUCUGCUUUUAGCCACCGAUUCUGGGAAGAUCCAUAAAGUGUUAGAAGCUGGGUCAGAACCUUUCAUCAUCUCUGAAACCCAACUCUACAGUCAAUCAACCAUACAGUCAAUGAAGCUUGACUCCAAAAAGAAAAAGCUAGUUGUGGGUUUUUCAGAGACAAUUUAUAGCGUGGACCUCCAAAGGUGUCAGGAGUACAACAACUCCUGCGCAGAUUGUGUUCUGGCCCGGGACCCGUACUGUGCUUGGACGAAGUUUGGAUGCACCCCGACUGUCCCUGAAGGGAUUCAAGAUGUCAUGGAUGGGCAAAUACGUGUGUGCCCUACAACAGUAGAAGAACACAAACAAGUACACAGGACCAAACGGGAGACUCUAUCAUCCCCCCAUGAUUUAACAGUUCACUCGGUCCCCCCGGGUGUCCCUUUCUAUCUGUCCUGUCCAAUAGACUCUUACCACGCUGUCUAUACCUGGAAGCACAGAGACCAGAGCAGCCCUUGUCUGCAAAUGCAGUCUGACUGUCUGCACCUCAUCCCUGCCAUGGCACAAGAAAAUUAUGGCAGCUAUGCGUGUGUUUCCGAAGAGAAAGACUACACCAAGGUGGUGAAGAAUUAUGACCUUACAGAGCAAAUAAUCCCCAAAUCAAUGGAAGACACAAAGAGAAGCAAUACCCAUUACAAAUUGAAUAAUGCAUCAGCUGUUGUGCCACAGAUAAUAUUGAUCACCCUUGGUCUGGCUGUAGCAUGUUUUAAAACGUAGCAAUCAUAUCCUUAGUCCCUUUUCAUUGCUACUGCUAAUCAAAACAGGACGCAGGCAGGGCUAAGGAAAUCCACCCAAACACAGAUUCAACUUGCAAAUCAAUAGUUCAAGCAGGAAUGCCCCCAGUAUAACCUAAAAUCUUCUUUGUGCAAGCGGUCCGACAGUUAUGUUUGGCAAAAAAGUUAGUUUUUCUUUCCACGGGAACCUGCUGUAGCCAAGUUUUUUAUUUUAAAUUGAAGCCAGAACAGGAAGAGGUCGGUCUAAUGGAGGGAGAUAAUAGCACAAUCGAUCAGCAGUAGAGCAUAUCUUGAGUGAUCUGAAGAACCCUAAUGGUGUUUUAAGGUGUGUAUACAUACUUUUUAGGCUAAGGGGAAACAGGAAGGUGUAACAUGUAAUCUGAAGGAACAAGAACAAGAACAGUAAAAAGAACUCAGUCCGUGUGUGACACUUAAACCAAAGCACGCCAUUAAACUGUUGCGAUUAGGAGUGCAAAAGCUCCUGGGCAGAGAGAGACAGAAAAUACAGUACAUAGUGAGUAGGUGUGGUGUAGUAGCGAGGUGUGCACAUGUUGAGAUCAGUGCUUAGCUCUUUAGUCCAUUAGAGUUCAGGAAAAUAAGUUGUGUAAAUUUUGUCUACGCCCUACCAGUGCACUUAUGAGAAAUGAUUUAUAUUUAUUCAAUACAAUAAAAUAGAAAUAAGGCACUUUUUUUUUAAUUAUUACAUUUGCAGUUAUAAAUAUACUAAUGCAAAUAAGUGAGAACUGUAUCCUCCAGAGGCUGGCAUUCUGAAACAUACUGUGCAGCAAGAUAUGCAUAUAUCUCCUCCUAGUAGUAUUUUUGGUUUUGAGAGGUAAUUUAGUUUUACAUUGUAGGAGGAAGAACAUCUAUGUCUCAACCUCACCUGUCGAACAAUGACCACAUGUUCUUUUUUCUUUUAGCUGCCAGGAUUUUUUGUGUCUUUCUUUUUUGAUUGUCAGUUUGUUGUCACUGAGCCUCUACUUGGUUGGGAUCAGCCUCUGCUUUCUAUCUGUUACGGUGGCGACAUAUUCUGCCAAAUCAUCGUCCCUUCAAAGGGACAAAUGACAGUUUGAUCUACUUUUAGUUUCAUCUUUCCACUGAUCCAAAUAUGUUUAUUUACAUUGCGUUAUAAUUUAACUUACUCUGAUGGGUUUUUGGAAAGUAGUGUUGUUGUGACUGGUCAGGGUGUGUAUCACAGCAUGUAAGGAAGUGUAGGGGUAGCCAGGGACUUUCACUGAAUUUCCCUGUUUUGUUCAACUCCCCAGUCAGUAGUAAGGGAGGUGUGAGAGAAAUGUGCAAUGAAAAUGUGUUGCUGCAGAGAGGACAAAGCCUAACUUAAAAAUAAUAAGCACCUUAUCCAUCCAUCCAUUAUAUUUAUUUUAAUUUAUAUUUACAUACUGUAACAUUUGUCAGUAUUAGCUGCCAUGUGAGCAAUGGACGAAUCAGCCAAGAUCUGAGAUGGUCUACUUUUAGUUAUUUACAUUAAAGCAAGACUACUGGUAUGUAACUUUAGUUAGACACCAGCCACUGUUGCCACAAGUGACAAAAACUUUGUUUGACAAAACAACAACAGUAUAGAAAAGUCAGAGAAAUGGCUUAUGUCUAUUACAGAGCAAUAUCUAGCUAGUUUGCUAACUUUAGCUAACAUUUAGCAACCAAAAGCUCAUAUUAGACCAACUAAGGCUGUAGCAGCAAAUCUUGUGAACUGAAUUAAUCAUUGGUGUGUUUUAUUGCAUAUGAAUUUAAACCUUUCAUUUGUUAAAUGAAUAAAUGAGUAUGUAUGUAAGACUACAUACAGUAGUCUUACAUACAUACAGUAGCUCUAAACAAGAAAUUACUCAUUCAAAAGUCUAAAAACUACUAAGCUAAAUAUAUUUAUUGAAUAAAUAGUAUUUUGGUACAGACUUCACUUUUUAUAUAUGCAAGCAAUAUGUGUCCUAACUAUUUCAAAAAUCGUAUAUUUUUGCAGAAUGAUUGCUUGAAAAUGCUACCCAAAGAAUGUAAAUGAAUUAUUGAUUAAAAGAAAAAAGAAUAAAGCUGAAAAUCCAUAACAUUGUUCACCAUGAGUUAUACUCAUAGUUCUUUUACAUCCACUCAUAAGUGGAUUCAAGAAAGUCAUUUAUCCAUCCUUAGUAGGCCAUGCCUUCAUUAGACAUGGCACUCAGAUGCACAUGCAGUCUGAUCAGUGUACAGACAACAACUAAGGAUCUUUAGUUUAAUCUGUCUUAUUCCUGGAUCUGAAGUGAGGGCCAAGUGAGUACAUCUUGUUUGUACAAGGAGAAGAAGGGGAGAAGGAAGAGAAAUCACAACAAAACUACCCUGUGUAUCUCUUUGGCCAUCACUCCACAGGUGGAAAUCCUGGAUUCUAGUCAGGUUUGCUUUCAGAUGAAUGAAAUGUGGUUAAGUAGCUACAUGAGAUGUCUCCUGCUGUUUAUAUUUCUUUUAUCUUAGAUCCAGGAUGAACAUCCACAUUACACAUCUACACAGAUAUAUCUGAUUUCCAUUUCCAGUAUUUGAGUACUUCUAAACUCUGAUGUCUGAUGCAAAAAAUAUACAAUGCUGACAUCAUGAACAGGGUGGAAAAUAAAGGAGCGUAGUCAUCUUGGCGUGUUAGCUCUCUUGUUUGUGACUACAUCCUGUUGUUACUAUGUUGGGUUGUUUGGAUUGCUUGUUAUUCUCAGUUUAGGAAAAUAUUUUCUUUCACCACAGCAAUGACUUUACAUGGUAUACAGUACACAAAGUGAAAUACUGUCAUCAUCUGAGGAUACAACACAGACUUUUGAACAUGUAUAGUUUAAAGCUGUUUUGCUUUCCAAGCAGUGUAGGCCACAGUGUAAAUACAGAUGAACCAACUAAAGUAUGUAUCUUGCGGUCAGGUCACUUUAGUCUCUGGCUUAAGACGGCGCUGACAUGACACCUGACCGGCAGCUAAGUGCCUCCUGUGAUUAAGAGUCCACCUAGACUGUAGACUGCUGGCUGCUGAGAAAGUUGCUUAUAGUGCAGGUGGAGAUGUAAAAUAUGUUUUUGUGGUUAAUAUAAUUUGUCUGUGGUGUCUGUAUGAGUCAUUGUUGAAGCCACCCUGUUUAAUUAAAUCCAGACCCUCUCUGCUCAAGCUGUAAAAACAAACACGUGUCAAGUGUUGUUGUAGUAAACUUGUAUUUGGCUUCAUACAAUAUAACUAAGCAUCACUGAUAUGUGAUUUUCUGUAGGCCUACAUUAAGAAGCACUUUGAGUAUCCCCAUCUCUGCCUGAGACUCAUAGUCUGGAUGGCGCCACACUGCAGUUUCAACUAUGUGAAAUGAUGACUGAUAUGAGCACAAGUAGGCCUUGAUCCCCAGAGGUCUUGGGAAACAAUUUGCAGCUCCAUGAUUUCCUGUUGUGCCUCCAGAACAGGAAAGUCUAUAGGAAGAAAGCCACUCAAUAAUAGAACACAAAAAAAUAUAAACAAACACAGAUGAUUUGUUUUUUCAAAGCAAGGAAACCAAAGUCAUGGUUCAUGACUGGAACCCCACCCUGUAGAUCUCAAACAAACUGUGGGGGUGUGAUGGUGCAGUGGAUAAGACACAUGCCUUUGGUGUGAGAGACCUGGGUUCUAAUGCACUGUGAGACACCAAUGUGUCCCUGAGCAAGACACUUAAACCCUAAUUGCUCCAGAGGCAUGCGACCUCUGACAUCUAUAGCAAUUGUAAGGUGCUUUGGAUAAAAGCGUCAGCUAAAUGAAUAUGUAAAGAAUAUGUAAAUUACACUUAAAACAAAUAGUGAUACAUUUUCCAAUGUACUUUAAUGUUAUCCAAAGUAUGUAUAGUGUAGUGUGCUGUGUAAUUUACUUACAGGUUUGUAAUAAGAACAAGAAGUAUACAGAUUAUGUCUGUACAUUGUAUUGUAUGUAUUAUGUCUCACAGUGUUUUAACAGCAGAGGUCACUGUUCUCUAACAGGACUGUUUUCGUUCACAACCCAACCAUUACCUGAGCUGAACCUAAACUUAAGCCUAUUCCUAACCCUACAAACAUAAGGUUGGGGUCGCAUUUUGUCCAGUCUGUCUUAAAACAAUUCUCACGUGUAAAUUUAUACAUUAAAAUGUUGUAACUAGCAGUGAUCAUUCCUCCAGUUCAUACUGGCCAUUAAAAGAUCCAUGGAAAAGUCACAGUAAAAUAAAAAAACUGUAACUUUGGAUUCUCCCUCGAUUUGUCUGACUAAGAGUUUUGAAGCCCCUUGUUAACUUCAGAUAAACUUUGGAAAUAUAGUCUUACUUAUUUGAUGGUAUGUGCAUAUGGUAGGCUUUUAUAUUUUGUGUAUUUAGGCUAAAAGAGAGAGAGCGUCUGCAGUUACACUGCAGAGCACCAGACGAUGGCAGUAUUUGAGCAUAUUCCCUGUGCAACAACCCUGCUUUGUCCUCUCAUGUGACCUAGCAUUUUAGAAAUUGUUUUAUGUUGUUAUUGUAUAGGUCACAUUUUUGUAUUUUUGCUUUGUGUUUUUGUACUUGUUUUCUUUAUCUAAUCCUUGUAUGUUCUAUUUUGUGCCUUGACUGCUCUCAAGUUUCAAUUUAGGCUACAGGGUAGUUUAUUUAUCAUUAUACAACACAAGGUUGUAUAACAAAACGAAAGUGUGUUGUCCCUUCAUGUAAGUAAAUGUAGCCUAUAUUAAAAUAUGGUAACACAAAAAAUAAUGUGAACAGCAGCAAGUAGAUGAUAAAAUGGCUUCAUCUUCACAUUAAAAAGUCUGACAUUUGGAAAAGACUGUCCAUCUUGACUAUGUUUGAUUAAAUAAACGUUAAUUUUAUUUCCCACUUGGGAUAAUAAACUUCUGCUACUUCCGGUUAUAACUCUUGGCGAAAGCUCAGCCUAUAAAUCAAUUCAGGCGUCACAUAACCUUGUUGCAAUGAAAUGCCAUCAAAUGAUAUGCCUUUGAUGUGGCACAGUAUUUUUCUCCUCUUGUCUGUCUUUUUUGUCUUUUUGUUGUUUUAUUUUAAUUAUUAAAGACAUACUUUUAAUGCA